AUGGACCCAAACACACAGACAGCGCCUGAGCCUCAGGAGAAUGGCCAGCAUCGCUUCGAUCCUAACUUCACCGACGCCGUCAUCAACGCCAUUGGCCCAAAUGUUCCAGAGCGGACACGAUUCGUCAUGGGAAAGCUGAUCAGGCAUCUCCAUGACUUCAUCCGCGAGGUCGAGCUUACCAACGAGGAGUGGUUCGAGGGUGUACGAUUCGUCAACUCUAUUGGCAAGACCACAACUUCCACUAGGAACGAGGCGCAUCGUAUCUCAGAUGUUCUGGGCGUAGAAUCAUUGGUCGACGAGAUUGCACACAGGCACAUUAACGAGUCUGGAGAGACACCUACUUCAUCCACAAUCCUCGGCCCCUUCUGGUCACCACACUCGCCAUUCCGCGACCUUGGCGACACCAUCAUUCGCAACCCACACCCCGAUGGCGAGACAACUCUCAUGCAUGGUGUAGUCAGGGAUCUUGACACCAAGAAGGGUAUCCCCAACGCAGUCAUCGACAUCUGGCAAGCAAGCGCCAACGGAAAGUACGAUUUCCAAGAUCCAGAGAACCAAGAACCAAACAACCUGAGAGGAAAGUUCACUACAAACGAGAAUGGCGAGUACUGGUACUACUGCUACAAGCCAACGGCGUACUCGCUACCUACUGAUGGCGCUGCUGGCCAACUUUUCAAGACCCUCGACCGCCACCCUUUCCGUCCCGCACACAUCCAUCUCAUGGUUUCCGCCGAGAACUACAAGCCACUCAUCACACAACUAUACCCCCGCGAUGACCAAUGGGUUACCAAUGACACCGUCUUUGCGGUCAAGGACGACCUGCUGCUAGACUUCGAGCCCAGCAAAGACCCCAAGGCGAAGCUCGACUUGACAUACAAUGUUACCCUCGCACCAGCAGGCAAGAAGACGACCAGGUUGGAGGGUAUUCCCAGGCUACCAAAUGUGUUCGACGAGCAGAGCAGGCUGUAA